GGAGGCAGAGGGGGCAGAGCCUUUAAUAAAGGACUGAAAAUGAGUUAUAAAAGAGAAAGUGAGAGACUCAGCAGCUCAAAGCCGAGAUAAAGACGGAGACAGAAACAUUCAGAGCUUCAGACGCCUGCAGAGAAGAUGGAGAUGAAGAUGAGCUGUGUGUGUUUGGUGCUGGGGCUGGUCCUGCUGAUGACCGUCUCCUCAGAUGCUGGCACUGGUGGUACCGAUGGUCAUCCUGAUAACUGCUGUUUCAGCUUCGUCACUUUUAAAAUUCCAGACGAAGAAAUACUAAAAGUUGAAAGAUCACAUCCCGACUGCCCAAAGAAGGGCUUUGUGAUUACAACACCGAGGAGCAGAUUCUGCAAGAAGGACCUGCAGGAAAUCUAGAUUUCAGAGCUGCAGCUUCAACACAGCCCAGACGCAGACGCAGCACACAGAGCAGCUAAAAGCUUUA